AUGGGUCCUUUAAAAGUCGUCCUGUUGACCGAGUCUAAUUCGCUCACUGGAAAUGAUGCUCUACCAUAUAAAUAUUACGGACAAAAAUUAUGGGAAAAGAUUCAAUUAAUUGUUGAAGAACUUCAUUAUCGUUGUGAAUCAGUUGAUUUACAUAAACUCGAUUUUCAAGAACAUGAAUCAGUUAAUAAAUUUCUCAAUGCUGAUAUUGUUAUUAUGGAUGUUACAAAUCCGGAUCGACGUCCUACAUUCAUGUAUCAUAAAGGUAAUCGAGAAAGUAUGGAUUGUAUGGAUGAUAUUGUAUUAAUACAAGCCAGUGGUGUAGAAAAUGAUAAUGCUAUUCAAGAUCUCAAAACAACAUGUAAAAUAAAAUUAUUAAUUGUUUAUCGAUAUGAUGAAAGCAAAGAUGUUUUUUAUGAUACAACACAAUCAUCAUCUCCUCUCCCAUUACUUUACAAAAACGUUAAGUGCUUCUUAGAGCGAGCUGCUGAUAAUAUUCAAAAAGGACUUGCUGAUCGAUAUAUAUCUCGUAUGAAUACACGUAAACUUGAACUACAAGAUAGCAAAGCUUAUCAUGAUUUUUUAUGGAAUGAAGUAUGUUUUGAAAUGUUAAAUGAAACAAAUCAAGAAUAUGUAACACCUAAAUUAGUUACAAAAUUAAUGUAUGCUUUUCGAGAUAUUCAAGAUUAUGAAUCAAUGAUAAAAUUAAAUCAACGUUGUGAACAAUUAGGAGAAAUAGGAAAAAAAAUCAAAAAUAAUAUGAUGAUUUCAUAUUUAACUGCAUUUGCUCGUAGUCGACGAAAUCAACCUGGUGAUCGCGAUGAAGCAUUAACUAUUCUUGAACAUUUAUGUCAAACAAAAAAAACUGAAAGUGAAUUAUCAAAUGAUGUUAUCUGUUUAUGUGGAAGAAUUUAUAAAGAUAAAUUUACUGAAUCAUUUUGUCAAGAUAUAGAUUCUUUAGAAAAAGCUAUUGAAUGGUAUAGAAGAGGUUUUGCUGCUGAUCCAAAUAUUUAUGCUGGUAUUAAUUUACUUUUUCUAUUGGCAAUUAGAACUGAAGAUUUAAAACGAAAUAAUGAAGCAUAUAGAAUCAGUAAAUUCAAUGAAAAAAUGUCAAAAUAUCGAUUACAAACAAAUAUUUCUGAAGUUGAACCCAAAUUUGAUCUUGUCUUCGAUCGUGAUCCACAUGAACAACGUACUGCACUUGGUCAAGGUACAUAUGGAAAAGUAUAUGUUGCACAUGAUCGUUAUACAAUGAAGAAAUUUGCUGUCAAAGAAAUUCCUAUGCGAAAUCCCGUAUAUACAGAUGUAUUAGAAAAUGAAAUCAAAAUUCUAUCAACACUUAGUCAUAGAAACAUUGUAACUUAUUAUGGUUCAGCAAUUGAUCGCUCAAAGAAACAACCUGUCUUUCAAAUUAUUAUGGAAUAUGUUGAUGGUGGUAGUCUUUCACAACAUCUUUCAAAAUUUGGACCAUUUCAAGAACAAGUUAUUAAAAAUUAUACUCGACAACUUUUAGAAGGUUUACAAUAUUUACAUGAAAAUCAUAUUUUACAUCGAGAUAUUAAAUCAGCUAAUAUUCUUGUUAAUUCACGAGGAGAAAUAAAAAUUGCUGAUUUUGGUACAUCAAAACGUCUUGCUGGUCUUCAACUUUGUACAGAAGAUAGUGUUGGUACUCUUCAAUAUAUGAGUCCUGAUGUUGUACUUGUACCUCCAAUGGGUUAUGGACCGGAAGUUGAUAUUUGGAGUGUUGGAUGUACAAUUAUUGAAAUGGUAACGGGUAAAAUGCCAUAUCAUAAAAUUGUUAAUACAGGUGCAUUAAUAUUAAAACUUGGCAAUGAACGACUAUCACCAGAUAUUCCACAAGAAUUAUCAGAAACAGCAAAAGAUUUUCUAGCAAAAUGUUUUGAACCUACUCAAAAACGUCCAACAGCUAAAGAUCUAUUAAAUCAUCUAUUUUUUAAAACGAAACCUGCAUCACCACGAGAUCAAAACGGAAAUAAUCAGGGAGAAAAGUCACAUGACAAUGGUGGAAUACAUGUAUCAAAUCCUCCUGAAAUAUUACAUCGAAGUACUAGUGAAGAACCCGGUGUACCUGAACCAGCUCGUCUUCUUGAACCACAAGUAUCAAUUGAUAAUUGUCGUCGAUCAGAAUUAAUGCAUAUUUUACGGGAUAAUGAUAGUAGAGAAGAUCUUCUUGGUAAAUGGAUGGAUUUAAUCGAUGAAAAAAAUGAAACAGAAGUUUUGACAAUUGUAAAUAUAAUUUUUUUUUUCUUAUAUUAA